AUAAGGUUUUAAAGUAAGCCCUAAAUUUUUACUUUCCCCUUUCUCACUCCCUCUGUCAAAAAAUUUCCUCUUUCUCCAACAUUGAAGUAGCUCCCGCGCGCAAGGUCGUCGUCCUCACCUCCCUGAACUCCAUUGAAGGAGCUCCAAGCUCAGUUCAAUCUUUUGCUCCUCUCAUUCUCACUCUUCUCCUCCAUUGAAGUGCACUUUGAGUUCUCCAUUAUUGAAGCGCACUCCGAGUUCUCCAUUAUUGAAGCGCACUCCGAGUUGUCCAUUGAAGCCCUGUCUGAGUUCUCCAUUGAAGCGCUGUCUGAUUUCUCCAUUGAAGCGCUCAUAGUUCUCCAUUAAAGCUUGCCCUGCGCAUGAUAAGCUUUGGAUGUGAUUACCAAUGGGCACAAAAAGAUUCUCGCUUUGAUCAAGAGGAAUGCAAGUGAUGACGAACAUGGAGGCAACACAACAUCUGAUGAAAUUCACGUACAUCGGUAGCGGUUACCCAAAUCACAAUACGAUGAAAAGGUAUUUGACGAGGGGUGUGAGUUGUUGUAUUGGUUAAUGAAUUCUGAUGAUGCAAAGUAUGAUACAACAUCGGUACUUUUAAAGGCCUCAAUGUUUAAUUUUGAUAGCGACAAACAGAUUUGGGUAACCGCUACCGAUGUACGUGAAUUUCUAAGAGGAUCGUGGGCUAAUGUUUCAUUAAUUCAUGUUUAUAUCAUGUAUUUAGUAGACAACUUCAUCGACCUUUUCAACAGGACUGAGAUCACAUUCUUUUGUCCUCAACUCAUUUCUGAACAUUCAAUUGAGAAUGAUUACCUUGAAACUUAUACAUAUGUGAAGAAUACAUUUUUGCAUGAAGUAAGAAAGACGGGUAAACGUUGCAAAUUCAUUGUGGCUCCAUAUGUCGCAAGUGGUCAUUGGGUUCUUGUGGUGGUCGAUCUACAAUUAGGUUUAGCUUAUGAGUUUGACUCUAUGAAGCUACCUAAAGAAAAUCCACGAAAAUUGAAAAUUGCCAAGAUUAUGAUGACGGCUUAUAAAGUAUAUCGGGCGAAUUUCACAGGGAGUGAAUUGAAAUCACAAAGGCAAAAAUUGAAAUUCAUACAAAUGGAGUGUGCUCAACAAGGAGGCGUUGAAUGUGGCUACUACAUUAUGAGAUACAUGUAUGAGAUUGUUACUACUCACUUUGAGUGCAAAGGUAUCUUAGAUGAGGAUUUUUGUCCAAGGACCGCCCCGUAUGAUGUUGACGAGUUGAAUGUGGUUCGAGAACAAUGGGCGCAAUACUUUAGAAGUAAAUAUUUAUUGAAUGCAUAACUAUUAGCUUAGGUAGAACAAUGUAAUAUUUUUAGUAUUGUUGUAUAUGUUGGAUAAAUUUAUACAAGUUUUUAUUUGUAAUGUGUUACUACUUCAGUUUUUAUAUUACGUCAUAUUAAUUUUUACGAAA